GAGGAAGGCUCUCCUCAUCCCCGCAAGAGGAACCCUCUCGCCAGACUUAGGCUUCAGGCUCCACCGUGGCGGAAGAGCAGACGGCAGGGGUGACGGCGUCCUGGAGACCAAAGAGAGAUGGAAGCGGAGGCGCCGGCGUCGUCCCGGUUGGUGGAGGAAGAACUAGAUAUGGAAGUAAUGAAGCCUUUGAUAGAUGAACAAAAUUUAGAUGGUACAUCUGAUGAGGAGCAUGAACAUGAACUAUUGCCUGUUCAGAAACAUUACCAAAUUGAUGGUCAAGAUGGCAUUUCAUUUAUGCAAACCCUUAUGCAUCUACUUAAAGGAAAUAUUGGAACUGGUCUUCUAGGGCUCCCACUGGCAAUAAAAAAUGCUGGCAUUGUGCUUGGACCAAUCAGUCUUGUGUUUAUAGGAAUUAUAUCUGUUCACUGUAUGCGCAUGUUGGUACGUUGCAGUCACUUUCUCUGUCAGAGGUUUAAAAAAUCUUCAUUAGGUUAUAGUGACACUGUUUGUUUUGCUAUGGAAGUAAGUCCUUGGAAUUGCAUCCAAAAAAGAUCUUCUUUGGGAGGGAAUAUUGUGGACAUUUUUCUGGUGAUAACACAGCUGGGAUUCUGUAGUGCUUACAUUGUCUUCUUAGCUGAGAAUGUGAAGCAAAUUCAUGAAGGAAUUUCAGAGAAAGUGUUCUCUAUAAAUGGUACUGAUGAAGCAACUCUACACGAAAGAAGAAGUGUUGACCUGAGGAUGUAUAUGCUUUGCUUUCUCCCAUUUAUAUUUCUUUUGGUCCUCGUUCGUGAACUAAAGAGUUUGUCUGUGCUUUCACUCCUUGCCAAUCUUUCCAUGGCUAUCAGUCUUAUAAUAAUCUACCAAUAUGUUAUUAGAGAUAUACCAGAUCCCCAAAAUCUUCCAGCUGUGGCUGGUUGGAAGAAAUAUCCACUCUUUUUUGGUACAGCUGUAUUUGCUUUUGAAGGCAUUGGAGUGGUGCUCCCAUUAGAAAAUCAAAUGAAAGAAACAAAACGCUUCCCAGAAGCAUUGAACAUUGGCAUGGGGAUUGUUACAACUCUGUACAUAACAUUAGCCACCCUCGGAUAUAUGCGCUUUCAAGAUGAAAUCAAGGGCAGCAUAACUUUAAAUCUUCCUCAAGAUGAAUGGUUGUAUCAAUCAGUGAAAAUUCUGUAUUCCUUUGGGAUUUUCGUGACUUACUCAAUUCAGUUCUACGUUCCAGCAGAAAUCAUCAUUCCAGGAAUCACAUCCAAAUUUCAAAAUAAAUCAAAGCUAAUCUGUGACCUCAUUAUCAGAACUUUAUUAGUUUUUAUUACUUGUCUUGUAGCAAUCCUGAUUCCCCGUUUGGAUAUAGUAAUAUCCCUUGUUGGAGCUGUGAGCAGUAGUACAUUGGCACUCAUUCUGCCACCUUUAGUUGAAAUUCUUAUAUUUUACAAGGAAAGUUUCAGCCUGUGGAUGAUUCUCAAAGAUAUCUUGAUAUUAGUCAUUGGAAUUGCUGGUUUCUUAAUAGGCACAUAUGUGUCUAUUGAAGAAAUUAUUUAUCCUGCUACCACAUUAUUGCCUAAUGUUACACAAGGUCCAGCUGUAAGUCAAAAUUCAACCUAUGUAGCAUCUGGUUUCAAGUAGUGGUGAUAGGAUUGUAAAUCCUCUACUCUUUGCUUAACUGUGAAAAUGUAGUAUAAGAUGAAAACUAGGAAACAUAUUUUUAAAACACUUUUUUUACAUUUUUUCAACAUUAUGCUUAUUAUAACAAGUGGCCAUUCUUUAUUAGUAACAGUAUAUUAAAAUUAUUUACCUUGGUGAAACCAUACCAUUCAGUCUCAAUGAUUUCAAAGAAAAUCAAAAGAUCUAGAAAUUAUUGUACCUUUUUACCUUCUUUUGUUAUACCCUACCUCAUCCAGAAGCCUUUCAAGCCAGACUUUUUUUUUCUAUUUAGGAGAGAGGCCAUUCCAUGCUUGUCUGUUGUUAUUCUGUCUAUGGAAACAAUAAUACUUUAAUAAUAAAUACCUUAAAAGUCAACUAAGAAGAAAGAGAUAUCUUCCCCAGACUAUCAGAGUGGAUAUUAGCACAUACAUUGUAAGCAGUAUAAAAGAUUAUAAUUUUAUUUUUAUUAAUUAUUUACUAUCACUAAGCUUAAACAACAUAGCAAACCCUUAUUUGUCCAAAAUUCAAGCAAUCAAAAAGUAUAUAUGUACAUGUAUGUGUAUAUACGCAUACACAGGUAUAUAUACAUGUAUGUGUAUAUACGCAUACACAGAUAUAUACAUGUAUGUGUAUAUACGCAUACACAGGUA